ACAAACAUGUAGUGGCUGAGACCGCUGCGCCACUCGGGAGCUCAAAAGUCCAAAUGUAAUUCGCUUUUCAAAGCCCUUCAAGUUCAAACCAAAAGAGGAAGAAGAUUUCACCUAAUAUUACAUCAUGUUGAUUCCUGUUCGUUUGAUUUUUUUGCCAGCCACUUCAAGGUUUAACUAAAUCUAAACAGGGGAGCCCAUCCUUAUCCAUGUAGAUCAGUGGUUAUCAUAGCUUUCUAGACGUCUCGCUGGUGGGGUGCUCUGCGGGGAGGAAGUGAUGCAGGGAAUAUUCCCUUAAUGUCCACAUAAGGGCGAAACACAAAGAAACUGUAAGCCUUUCGUACUGGUUCAUCUGAGUUGUUUGAUUUAGCAGUCAAUUUAAAGUAGAAGUCAGUCGUUUAUGGCGGUUGUUUGCAAACCAGGUGCGUUCUUAUCAGGCGAAAGUCAACUGAAACGCUCGGUUUUGUUUAUGAUGCUGACUAGCUAACGUUAGCUGGCUAUCUUUUUAGCUAUGUGGGGAUGUUUGUUUGUGUCGUGUCCCAAGAUAGCAAGCUAACGUUUUGUUUUACUAGCUAAUGUUAUUGGAGUGAUGUACGCGAUUUUCUAGACAAUCAUUUCUUUUUAAAAGCAUUGCGGUCACUACAAUGGAGCAGAAAAAGAUGACACCUUCAUCUAGAGUGGUCAAUGCAUUCUGAGGAAGUGUCUGGCCCAAGGGCAUGUUGAGACAUCUCACCAGGCCAGAGCAGAGGCGUCUAGGUGGGGCAGGCAGGGCCUGAAGGAGGGGAGGACAGACCGUGAGAACCAAAGCGAGCGACAUGGGCCAGUGUGUCACCAAGUGUAAGAACCCAUCGUCCUCGCUCGGGAGCAAGAGUGGCGACAAGGAGCCUGGGUCCAAGUCCCACCACAAGAAAUGCGGGGGCACGGGAGGCAGUGGGGGAGGAGGACACAAGGAGGAGCCCAGCUCCCUGAGCAGCAAGGCCUCCAGUGAGCUCAUGUUCAAUGGCACCAAGAAUGCCUUGGAGGUUACCGUGGAGACCACGAUGAUCCCCACAUCGGCCAUGAUUGGGGACCUGAGGAAUGAGGAGCACUCGGGGGCAGAUAGGGAGGGGCCAUCCUUGCUGCGCAUCGAGGAGCUUUUCUGCUGCUACAAGGACCCGCAGGAGGAGUCUAUCUUGGAGGAGGGCAUGGAGAGGUUCUGCAACGACCUGUACGUGGACCCCGCCGAGUUCCGUGUGCUGGUCCUCGCUUGGAAGUUUCAGGCUGCCACCAUGUGCAAGUUUACAAGGAAGGAGUUUGUAGACGGAUGCAGGGCGAUCAAGGCAGACAGUCUCGAGGGCAUCUGCUCCCGGUUCCCCUUCAUGCUGCUGGAGGCGCAGGGUGAGGAGAACUUCAAGGAGCUGUACCGCUUCACCUUCCAGUUCGGCCUGGACGCUGAUGAAGGCCAGCGCUCGCUGCAGCGUGACAUCGCCAUUGCGCUGUGGCGCUUGGUCUUCACGCAGGACACGCCAGCCAUCCUCGAGCACUGGCUGGAGUUCCUGGGCGAGAACCCGUCAGGUGUGCGAGGCAUCUCGCGGGACACCUGGAACAUGUUCCUCAACUUCACGCAGGCCAUCGGGCCGGACCUGAGCAACUACAGCGAGGACGAGGCCUGGCCAAGCCUCUUUGACACCUUUGUAGAGUGGGAGAUGGAGCGCAGGAGAAAAGAAGAGCAGUUAAAGAGGGCAGAGGAGGAGGACAGGGGAUGCACUGAGACAGAUGAGAGCUCUCCCUCCAGUACAGACAGACUUGAAACAGAGGGUGGACGGGGCUCACAGACCUGGGGGGGGCAAUGACUAUAGAAUUCUGGGAAGGGAGGUUGGGGUGGGCGGAGUCUGACCUAAGUGAACUGUACAUCUAUGAAUCAUUUGAUGACAAAAUGGUAUUACUGUUAUUCCUCUCUCUCCUUUUCUGUUGGGGUGGGCUGGGAUUCGCUUCCACCCUGCUUUAUUUCUGGUUAAUGAAAGGGCUCAAAUAACUAUUGUUUUAGCACUUCUAUUUAAGUUAUUUGUUUUAUUUUUCUUUAAUAUGUGUUUUAGGUCAUUUGGACUUGUGGUCCAUUUGAAUCUUUCCCCACCCUCCCUAAACUCACAAAACAAGCUCAGUAUAUAAGGUUGCUUUAAGCCAGGUGCCAGAAAGCCAUACCCCAAAGUCUGAUAUUUUUACAGCUUACAUUGACCUGGAAACACUGGUGAUUUGACCUCUCACCCAAAGACGCAGGCCUAUUAAAUUCUCAUAUUACAUUAAGGGAAAUCUAGUUGUCUGCAAAUAACACCUUAUUACCAUAGCCUGAGCUUUACCUUUUGGGGUCAGUGAAAUCAACUUGAUUUUAAAUAAUGUUUUUAUUUUGGAACAAUAUUUGAGUGUGGAUGAAUUGGGUUGCGUUUUGAAAUGUGGACUAUUUAAAGGGUUAUUCUUGGCCUAUCUAUUGCCUGUAGUUGUGAUGGCCAACCAUGAUUUGUUCAAAGAUGUGGUCGUACUCAAGCGUGCGUAAUGUCCUAAGACUGAGUAAUGUCCUAAAGUAAAUUUAUUUAUUCAUUUAUUUGACAGUGACAAUACCAAUUACUUCCUAAAAUGUUUAUUUUAUUUAUCUAAAAUUAAAGUGUUUAGUGCAUUCUGAAAGUAUUCAGACCCCAUCACUUUUUCCACAUUUUGUUACAUUUUGCCUUAUUCUAAAAUGAAUUAAGUUAAUUUAUUUCCUCAUAAUGACAAAGCAAAAAAUGUUGUAGAAAUUUUAGCAAUUUGAUUACAAAUAAACAAAUGCCUUAUUUACAUAA